CUACCGGGCAGCAGCACUUUCUACAAGCGUUGCGCGUUCGUAAAUAAUUAAUUAAUUGCUGAAAAUAUGGAAUAAACGGCAAGAAUGUUCAUAUAACCACAUGCAACAGCAGUUGUGUGCAAUUCUCUAUCGCGGCUUGGCAAAACGAAAAACACGUUGCGUGGACGCGCAGCAAAUGUGUGGCUAAAAAAGGCGAUGUGUAGUUAUGAUUUAGCAAAAACAACAAGAAAAGCAGCCAGAAAGCGCUAAUAAAAAAUACACACAUACAUAUAGCGAAGGUGAAAAUUAUAAAUUAAUAAAUGUGCGCUCCGAUAGCAUAUCAAAUUAGCGAAAUAUGCUUAAAUUUCGUGUUUCGAAGCAAUCCAAACUGUGAAUUGCAACAGAAAAUAAUUUCAAGGUUUGCAGGCGAAUAGAAAGCAAAAAGGAACGCAACCAAAUAAUCCAACAAAGAAGCCGCCACAGUUGCAAUACCACCACAUAAACCACACUUAACAUAUUCCCAAAAACGGAACAAACUACAAACCGAAACAACAACGAGAUGAAGUACUCAACUGGCACAACAGACAACGCGAUGUCCUGCGGCAUCGACAGCAACUCCAACUGUGCAUUAAAUGAUAUGCAGCCCACAACCUCUACACCCACACAGGCACACUCCCAUAAGGAGGCCAUAUCUUCGACAACGCCCGCGAAAACAGGCGCUGCACAGACCACCCACACCAAUAACAAUACCAUUGCCAACAGCAACUGCAAUUCCAAUCCCCAUCAGCCGGCGAACGAGCUGUUCUGCGAGCAGGUGACCACAGUGACAAAUCUCUUUGAGAAGUGGAACGACUGCGAGCGGACUGUCGUGAUGUAUGCGCUGCUGAAGCGUCUGCGCUAUCCGAGCCUCAAGUUUCUUCAGUAUUCGAUCGACAACAAUUUGACACAGAAUCUGGGCACCUCGCAGACGAAUCUGAGCAGCGUGGUCAUCGACAUCAAUGCCAACAAUCCGGUCUACUUGCAGAAUCUGCUGAAUGCAUACAAGACAUUUCAGCCCUGCGAUGUGCUGGAUGGCAUGUCCUCCUCCUCCUCCGACAAGGACUCGAUGCCGUGCUAUGGCAGCGACUUUCAGAUCACCACCUCCUCGCAGUGUGAUGAGAGGAAGCUUUAUGCCCGCAAGGAGGAUAUACUCCACGAGGUGCUGAACAUGCUGCCACUGCUGAAGCCGGGCAACGAUGAAGCCAAACUCAUCUACAUGACCCUGAUUCCGGCCGCUGUCAAGGACACCAUGCAGCAGAUUGUGCCCACGGAGCUGGUGCAGCAGAUAUUCUCCUACUUACUCAUUCAUCCGGCCAUAAGCAGCGAAGAUCGACGAUCGCUUAACAUCUGGCUGCGACACCUCGAGGACCACAUUCAGGCAGCCGCCGCUGGUCUCACGAAUCGCAGCUACUUCCUGCAGCCCUCGCCACAGUUGGUGGCGGGCACCAGCUCCACGGGUAGCUCAUCGGCAGCUAGUUCCUCGGCCGCCUCCUGCUCGUCGGUGGCCUCUUCUUCGCUGAGCAACCUGGGGAGCAGCUUGUGCACCACUAGCAGCUCGCGAUCGUCGCGCAGCAAUGACUGGCAAACGAUUGCCCCGCCCAGCAAGCAGCAGCAGCAACAGCAGCAGCACAAGCUCACCGGAGGCGAUUGGCGAGGCAGCGGGGGCUCCAGCGGAUCGAUCAAUCCACUCUGUGAUAAUUUAAAUGGUAUUACCCUGAACGAAUUAGCUUCUAGUCAGAAUAGCUUAGGCCUGUCGCUGGACAACAGCUCCUUGCUGGUCAACAGCGUCGUGGCGGGAGCGGCAGCGGGCUCAAUGCUUGGUAUCGGUGGCACCGACGACCAUGACACGUCAUUCAGCAAGAAUGGCACGGAAAUCCUCGACUUUGAGCCCCCCACUCUGGCAGAUGUUGGUGAGGCCAGCGGCAUAAGCAAUCUCUGUCAGCAGCCUCCCUCACAUCAUCAUCAUCCACAGUUGCUGCAACCGCCUCCGCCAGGUCCACAGCUGCCUUACGCCUCGAUAUUGAUGGGUAAUGUGGGUGAUCAGUUUGGUGACAUCAAUCGCUGGAGUCUGGACAGCAAAAUAGCCGCCCUGAAGACGCGUCGUUCCAAUAGCUUGACCACUCAAACAAUCUCCAGCUGCUCAUCGUCAUCCAACUCCUCGGUGAUCACGGUCAACGACAACUGCUCCAAUUCCACGGAGAAUCUGGCCCAGUUUGCCAACAAACCGAGGAGUUUCUCCCUCUCCAUUGAGCAUCAGCGCGGAGCUUUGGCCAACAGUGGCUCGGAUACGCGGCUGGACGAGUUCAAGCCCGGUUACAUCAAGUUCCAGACCCGCAAUGUGGGCAUGUCGGGGAUAGGCCUCUGGCUGAAGUCCCUCCGACUGCACAAGUACAUUGAGCUGUUCAAGAAUAUGACCUACGAGGAGAUGCUGAUGAUUACUGAGGAUUUUCUCCAGAGCGUUGGCGUCACCAAGGGUGCCUCCCACAAGCUGGCCCUCUGUAUUGAGAAGCUGAAGGAGCGCGCCCACAUCCUCAGCAGGGUGGAGCAGGAGCUGCACACCGGACAGAUGAAGCUCAGUACGGCUGUCGAGGAGCUCACACACAUUGUGUUGACGCCGAUGAAGCCCGUCGAGUCCAUGGGGCCACCGGAGGAGAACAUUGGUCAUCGUUUCCUCAAGGUCAUCGACUUGGUCAGCAAUGCCGUGCAGGCGGAUCCCUACUGUGUCCAGGACGAUGAGACGAUGGGUGUGUUCAUGUGGAUUCUGGAUCGUUCUAUUCAUAACGAGGCAUUUAUGAACCAUGCCAACCAACUCAAGGAACUCAAGUUUAAGCUGUCCAAGCUGAAAAUCUCAAUGGUCUCGAAACUGCACCAUGUGAAGACUUCCGGCGUACCCACUGGCGGCAACAUCAACAAACCCAGAUGGAAUGGCAAGAGUCGCAAGUGUGAUCCAAAGAAUGGCAGCAACGAUAGGAUUAACAACCGCAAGAACUCCAACGACAUGCUGAAUUUCUCCCUUAACUGCCUGCAGCAUCCCGUGCCUCAUCACCAGCAGCAACAACAGCCACCGCCACCGCCGCUACAACAGUUCGACUACAAUGGCUACGGCGGUCCGUCGCAUCAGCCACAGUAUAAGAGCUCUUCGUAUCCCAGCUUUAUGAACAAUCCUCAGCAACAGCAGCAGCCACUCAAGUCGCAUCAUCAUGCCCAGCAAAUGCAGCAGAUGCUUCAGCAGCACAACCAUUUCCCGGCCUUGCCGCAGCAGACGCCCCCGCAGACGCAUCGUCGCUCGCUGAACAACCUCAUUUUGGUGACUGGUGGGCCACAGCAGCCGCAGCAAAUGAUCUUCAAGCCGGGCCAGGGAGUGCUCACCACCAACAAUGGGUCUAACGACAGCCUGGUCAUGGAUUCAAGAAGUCAGCAGCAGCAGCCACGCAAGCCCAGCCUAAACGGCCUCAGCGGGAAUGGGAGUGUAAAUGGAGGAGUGUCCAGUUCGGAGCAGCAUCCAAAGAAGACCAUGGCCGCCGUGGUUAUGGUUAGUAGUAAUCAGAGUCAGGAGUCGCAACAAAGCGAUCAGCAGCUUCCGCCGCAAAUUCUAAUCAACAACAACAAUAACAACAACAUACUGAACAAUAAUUUGAUUAACCAGCAACAGCUGCAAUUGCUGGCGGCUGCUGCCGCUGCAGUGGGCAGUGGCAGCUGUCUAUGCCCAGGUCCUGGUGGUGGCGGCGGUAUUGGGGCCUGCAGCAAUAAUCUCUGCCAGCAGAGCAGCAAGAACAACAAUCACACUGCAGAUCAUUGCCUGUCCCAGCCGCAGCAUCAGUUAAUUAGCCUGAGCAUGGCACCGCACGAAUAUAAAAUGAACGACUUCAAGAGCCUGGAACAGCUCGAGACGUUGUGCCGCCAAAUGACUGAACAGGCAAUGAACUGAGCCAACGCUCGCUCUAUGAUGAUUUUGUGGAAUUUUGUGGCUGCCAGCAGUUUUUUUGUGUUCACUGCGUUUUGAAUAUUGAUUUCAAAAACGAACAUGAAUGUGUUUUUAUAUCUAGUUCUGUAAGAGAUUCGCCUAUAUGUUUUGUGUCGCGUCGCGUCUAAUUGUAAUGCUCGUUGUUCCCCCACAAUUCCCCCGCCCAGCCCAUGCAAGUUUUGUAAUCGUUUUUAGUUAGUAAGCUCUGAUAGUUUGUUUAUAUGUUAAGUUUAUAAUUGUGUGCCAGGGCUCCUCUGUGUGUCGUGUCUGGCCCGCUGGCGGUGCCCGUAGCCCCCCCACAGUCCAACGGCUGGCCGUUGGAACUGCGACAAGAGCUCUAGCUGCUUUCGCGCCUCCCCCUCCCAUGAACGAACUCCCCUAAUGGAGCCUGCGCCUGUGGCCGGGCUCGGCCAGCUGGCUGGCUGGCAGCAGAGAUGCCUCUUUGGCGGCCAAUGUUAUUAAUGUCGAAGUUUUGUAAAUGUUGUCGCCAUUUGUAGUUCAACUAACACGCCACGCCCCAACAACCCCACACACACACAAAACACAUCACACACACACACACACACACUAUAUCACACCAAUCACUUCUCUCUUAUGUAGGAAAAUUUGGCCAAAUUUGAUCAACAUUUUACGCUAUUCUAACCACACAACAAUAACCAAGACAAGCACACAAAACACAAUUCACGUCGCCAAACAAAACAAAACAAAACAAAUCCGAUACCCGCCCCCACAAGAAGACGACGAAAGAAAUGGUUUAUCUAGUAAAAAUUUACAUAAUGAACUCUGCAUCGUGACCAUGAGACUGACUAAGAUUACUUUUUCGCAACUAUAAACACUAGAAAGGAAGAAGGAGGAUGAGACCUGGAUUGAGGAGAGGGACUGAGAAUUGAGAAUUGUUUGAGCGAAUCAAAACACGUUGCUUGCUGAAUGAAGUAGAACUCCCAUAUAACGGAUGUGUACACAUAUACAUAUACACAUGCACAUAAUUUAUUUUAAAUUUAAAGGAACAUAUUUGCUGAACACCGUAAACUACAAACGAACCAAAACAACCAAACCAACCUUCGAAUAGGUUUCGAAAUGUUUCAAUGUUUGUGUUUGUGAGUUGGUGAAUUGAAUCGAUCGGAACUACAUAUUGUAUUUUGUAUAAGUAAGGCAUAAACUACCCCCGCCCGACCCCCCAACCAACCCCUCACCAUGUACGUGUUUGUCGGACAUCGUGUUGCACAUGCAGCCGGACGAACGUUCAUGAGAUCAUUGUCAUUUGUCUUCAUUGAUUAUAUAUCUAUCUGUAACUAUACGAUUAAUGCUAUGUUUCGCUUUAGUCAAUUGUUUAUUUGUAAAAAUGGCAAGCCAAUCCAAUCGAUCGAUUUGUUAUGUUUCAGUUGUUUUUUUUUUUUAAUAUUUAUACAUACGACUAUAUAUGUAUGUACUACGUCUGUAGAUCGCAUCCUAAGCUUAAGACGGGCAGAGCUGAAAACGAUAAGGCAGCCAAAAAGAAUACCCUAAGAUACGUAGGACCGCGUAGACUAAUCUUAUUUUAUUGUAAAAAAGCUGAACAAACUGUAAGCAUGGAAAUUUGAUUGUUUCCUCAUUAUCUAUUAUUUGUCCAUAGUUCGAAAUACUUAUUGUAAAUUGCAAAUGCUUUUAUUUAUAAAACAAACAACAAAUAAACGAAAUAAUGUACGGCCAGACGAGUAACAAAAAGAGAAGCCGAAAUAAA